ACAGACCUGGAUGAAGUGUGUGUGUGUGCGUGAGAGAGAGAGAGAGAGUCUCAAGGAGAUAACUUUUUGUCCUACUCCAGCCAGCAUCUUCACCGGCCUUGCAGUCUGCAACGGGAGGAUAUCUGACCUAGGACUACCGGGGAAAAGAUACACAAAAGCAGGGUUUUUUAUUUUUUGCACUUCAAUCACAGAACAGCCUGAUGCUGGCGGAGGGCAGACAGACGCCGGUGGCGGCUGCCGGCGGAGAGGAGCGGCAGGAGCCGUGCCCGCGCAGCGCUCUGCUCGACCAGAGCCGGCGGCACCGGACGGCGUUCACACGUGAACAGCUGUCCCGGCUGGAGCAGGAGUAUGGGAAGGAGAGCUACGUCUCCAGACCCCGGCGGUGCGAGCUGGCCACCGCGCUCAACUUACCGGAGACAACGAUAAAGGUGUGGUUCCAGAACAGGAGGAUGAAGGACAAACGGCAGAGACACUCCUUGCCUUGGCCCCACCCUCUUGUCGACCCCCUGGGGGCAAUCCUGAUGGGCCGGGCCUCUCCUUCCUCGACUUUCCCGUAUCCCUUCAUCCCACCGCAUCUCCCCCACCUCCCCCUCCACCACUACUCUCCCCUGGCUCUCUCGUCGCCAGCAUCCUCAGCUCACAGCCCAUACAGUGCACCCCUGAGACCCCUGGAUGCACUCCGCCUCUCGCAAUACCACAACAGGCCGGGGGGGCUGCCUCCAACGACAGGGGCUCUCUACCCCUCCACCAGCAUCAUGCACCAUCCGGCCUCAUGCCCUUGCCCCCUCUGCCUGCACUGGGGACCAGAACAACUGCUUAAAGCCAGAGAGGAGGCCCUGGGACUGAGCCAGCCCCGUAGUCCCAAAGCCAACAUCCAGCCUGCUGCUCUUGACAGGAGGGAGGAGGUGGUGUAAAAGCAGACGGAAAUUGAAUUUUGUCACAUUCUCCAUGGCAAAUAAGCUGCUGCAGUAUGCUCACUGUGACUGGAUGUCUCCUCCAAAAUGCCAUCUACACAGAGGAGUUUGCCAAGUCACAACAGCAAUAGACUUAAGAGUUCCACUAGCUUGUGUGUAACUCUGAAUAACAGACGCGACCGCACAAGCACCUCAAAACAUGAACUGGAAGCUUAAUUAAUUCAAAUGUCUUAUCUAAAAAAACAGCAAUGCCAAAUCGCAUGAUACUGCUGAUGAACUGGAGGCAAAUGUUUAUUAUGUGUAUUAUGUUUCAUUUGGAGUACACUGGCAGCCCAAAGAUGUAUUCAGAUUGAGCACCAAGCAGACGUUUGUCCUGUUUUAUUCUCAUGGCUACACUCUUUGUACAGUAUGAGUUUACUCGACACAAACAGCUAAUAUACCAGCAGUCCAAAUCUCAGCCUGUGUGUGACGGUUUAAACGGUUUAUUGGAAAAUUGAGUUCUCUAUGAUUUUCCUCCAGUGUCUCUAUUUUUUCCUUUUUGUUUUCAACAAGUAUGAAUGCAACAUUGCCUCAAUUUGUGCCACCUGGGGCAAAUUUGUGUCUGUUCAUGUCCACUUGCUUUUUUCCAUUGACUUUGUUUGUCAAGGCUCUAAAAUGUGUUGCAUUCAGUCUGAAAACAUCUUAAGAAUCCUUAAAGCCACAGAAUACUUAUUGCACAAAUCAAUAUCAUCAGGGUUGUACAAAAAGAUCCUGACUGACAUUACAUUUUUCAGUGUAAACUAGGGUUAAAGGUUUCCAUGAUUUUAAAAUGAAUACCUUUUGGGAAUAUAUCACUUUUCUCAGGAAGUGUCAUCAAAGCUAAUUUUAAAACACAGACUAUGGUAAAUUAUUCAGAAAAUAGUGUAUAUUCAUUGUUACCAUAUAGAAUAGUUUGAUCUACUUUUUCACACAUCCUCUCACCAGUUUUCUUAAACUUUUGUUUGGUGCUGAUCUGAAGUUUAUAAUGAGAGGUCAAGAUUAUGGCAAAACAAUAGAUGUUUGUGAGAAAUCCUAGUGAAUACCAUAUAUCUGCGUUGAUUUUCAUCCAUCUGCAAAAUUGAUACAAUGUGGUCAUUUUGCCUUGAAGGAAAAGUCUUCUUUUCUGAUUCAUCACCUUUGAUUCCAUUUCCAUACUAAUGGUACAUACUGCUGGUCAGCUCUUCAGAAUGAUUGGCUGUCAGAGCAUUUCUGCACUUUAAUGUUAACACCUUUUAAAUCCUCAGAUUUCCUAAGUCACCUUAGUUACUUUUCACUACAGUAUGGGCAGUGAUGUUUUUAAAAUCCUUGUUGGCCUGGAGUGGAAAGAUACAGCCAGUGCAAUGAAAGUAUGCACAUAUUUGUGGCAGCAUGCUGACAUGAUUCAGAUACAAUAAUGGAAUCAACCAAAAUCACACAAUUUUGAACUCAGUGGUUGCAAAAGCACAGUCACAUCAAGUGAAGACUUUAAUGUACAUAAAGUUAGAGUUGGUUUUAUUUUCUCUACUGUAACUCUAAUGACUACUGCUUUUAUUUAUUUGUACAACUGUAAAGUUUUAAGUAGCAUUCACUGACAGAUUUGGCUAUUUCAGGGUAAGAAGAGUAGUGUUUGUAGCAGUUUACAUUUGAUCCAAGAACAAAUUGAAUUCCUUGGUAGUGUAGGAAACUAGACUCCUAGUCUCUCUUACUAUUUAGGAGUGGUUCAAUAUUAUAUAUAAAAGACUGGAAGCAGGGGGAAACAGUUUGCCUGACUGUCCAAAGUUCAAUGAUACAUCUACCAACACUUCUAAAGCUUGAAGCUCUGUUGUGUAUGGAUUUGUUUAGUCCCAUACACAACAGGAAAGUAAAAAGUAAUUAAGUCAUUGCCGACUGUUGCUCACCAAGAAAUAGUUCCAGCAUGCAUCUCCAACUAAAACCACUAAUUGUCGCUGUAAAAUUUCUGUUCACGUACAGAUUAAACAAACAAGGUGCAACUUGAACUUUGGACAGAGCCUGGCUAG